AUGGAGUUCCAAGGGCAGCACGACAACCCCGCCAACCGCGUGGACGAGCACGGCAACCCGUUCCCGCUGGCCGGCGGCGUCGGGGGAGCGCAGGCCGCUCCCGGCACCGGCGGGCAGUUCCAGGCCCGCAGGGAGGAGCACAAGACCGGUGGGAUCCUGCAUCGCUCCGGCAGCUCCAGCUCCAGCUCGAUGUUCAUUUCCGUGGCUGUACAGUCUUCAGAGGACGACGGCAUGGGCGGGAGGAGGAAGAAGGGCAUGAAAGAGAAGAUCAAGGAGAAGCUCCCCGGCGGCCACAAGGACAACCAGCAGCGCAUGGCGAUGGGAACAGGGACUGGAGGAGCCUACGGGUCGGGAACAUGA